AUGCCAGAAAAGAACCAUGAGGAUCGCGUGGCCCACAACUCGCUCCCUCUGCUCUUGUCUCUCGUGACACUGCCUGUAGCUAUUGCUGUCUGGUUCAAUGCCGUCUCGGGCCAAGUCCGCGAGCCAUAUCUCGUCUUUCACGUCGGCCAAGCUCAGCAAUAUUGUCGUGGGAACUACUGGCACUGGGAUCCAAAGAUAACCACUCCACCUGGUCUUUAUCUUCUCUCCAUCCUCUUCUAUAAACUCACUGGCCGUUGCGAUCUGGAUGCUCUGAGAGUCGUCAACGCUCUUUCUCUCUUCGCCAUCUUUUUCUUCCUUUUACACACUGCUCCUCCUGUUUCGCCACGUUCUGCUAAACAGCUGCCCUCUCAAAAGUCCACUCUCUUUCUUCCCUUGGCCAAUCUAUGUCCCCAGCAGAUUCAUUCCGCUCUCAACAUCUGCCUGUUCCCACCUCUUUUCUUCUUCUGCGCCCUUUACUACACCGAUGUCGCUUCCACUUUAAGUGUCCUUUUGUUCACAAGACAUCUGAUUGAGAACAACUCGCGUGGUCCCAGUUCCUUCUUCCAGGCUUGCAUUUCCAUCAUCUUGGCAAUCAUUUCCCUCUCUUUUCGACAAACCAACAUCUUCUGGGUCGGCAUCUUCCCCAUUGUUUUGUUGGCACUCGGCGCUCUACAUGACGAUGUCGUGGGCGAAAGACCACACGACGGCAAGUCUGUUGUCUUGCAGGCAUGGAACAAUGCCACUUUCUACGAUCCUCAGAUGCGUGAUUCCAUAUUAGACGACUUCUGGCUCACCUGCAUCUCUACUGUGACGCUGGCCCUACGUGCUUUGUACUUUCCCCGUACACUGCUUAGAAUCGUACGGCUCGUGUGGCCUUAUAUUUUUGUUGGUGGUCUAUUUGGCUCCUUCGUUCUUUGGAACGGCGGAGUUGUGCUUGGCGACAAGUCGAACCAUGUCGCCACACUGCACCUGCCGCAGAUGCUGUACAUCUGGGCCUAUACCAGCUUCUUCUCUUUUGGCCUCACCUAUCCAUUCUUUGCCCAAGGAUUACUUUCUGUCUUCGCGACCCUUCCAAUUGCCGCCAUAAUGGAGCCACUCCUGAUCUUCGGCAGACGCAAGUUCCUGCCUCGAUCUGCAGUCCUUGUCGGUUUCGUCAUGUUGAUUGCGUUGAUCGUCAGGUUCAACACCAUUGUGCAUCCCUUCACUCUUGCCGACAAUAGACAUUUCACCUUCUAUGUCUUCCGCUACCUGCUCGCUCGCCCUAUCAUCAAGUAUCUCGCCAUACCAAUUUACAUGUCAUGCGCGUGGUCUGUCCUUCAAACCCUUGGAGCACCCGCCCAACUGUUCGAGAUCAAAGAGGACGAAAAGGACGAUGGCAAAGGCGCUGUAUCAGGACAGAGUCAAAAUGAGCGCAACAGCAACGAGCGCGGUCAGCUUCUUCGUCUCAACGACGCGCCCUUUGGCGAGGGCUGCACCAUCAGCUUCGUCAUGGUAUGGAUUGGCGUGUCUGCCCUGCAACUCAUCACCGCACCUCUAGUGGAGCCACGUUACUUUAUCCUGCCAUGGAUAAUGUGGCGACUACGCGUCCCACAAGCCCACCCCGGUGCUUCGCUGAUGACUAGACCGACACACAAGAAUUGGAAACAGUGGUGGGAUAAAGAAAGGCAAAGACGGAAUAUCGAUCGUCAGAGCUGGGCGAGUUGGUUCUACACUGUCUUGUGGGCAGAGCAUGAUCAUAGACUCUACCUCGAAACGCUGUGGUUUAUCACUGUCAAUGCGGGUGUGGGCUACAUUUUCUUGAACUGGGGAUUUGAGUGGCCACAAGAGCCUGGCAAGACACAGCGAUUCAUGUGGUAG